UCGAUUCAAACGCAUUUUUCCUGACCCGCGGUGGCGCAAGCUCGGCUGAAAGUGUUUGCAUUUUUCUGUUUUUUCGGGAAGGAAAUUUUCUGUCGAACUACAGCGGUGCGGGUGCUCCCAUAUCCAUUCAAAAAAAAAAAAAAUUAAAACGAGUGUGUAAUAGUGGAACGGAGUGCGAAAAUUAAAAAGGGUGUGAACGCAGUGCAGUUCCGGAAGAAAACAGGUGCAAGAUCGUCAGAGAGCGAUGUUUUGAAUUCAAAUGAAAUGCCGCGAUAAAGAUCAAAUUGCAUGUGCGAGUGCGAAGUGGUGCGGUAGUAACAGGUGGGAAAUUGCAUAUGGAAGGCAGGAAAAACCUGAGCCAUAAGAAAGCGACCUCUCUCCGUCCUUUGCGCGAGCGCGACACAUUCAAUGCGCUAAUUAGUGACAAGUGAUGUAACUCGAACGGAGGAAAACCUGUGAUAUUUUUUUUUCUUUCUAAGACCAGACGCGUUACGGUUGUCGGGUGCAAGGUAAUGUGCUUGUGCAUAUGCAUGCACUUAUGAAUAAUUAGCCGAAAAAAAGUGAUCGUGCGAGUAUAACGAACUCCUCGUGCGCCGUCUGGAUCAAAUCGACUGUGAACCAAUUCCUUCCACUUGGACUGCUUCGGGCGCUUCCGCUUUUUUGGUUUCGUUAGUCGUGUGCUAGUACCUAGGUAGCUGCUAAUCAAAGUCACCUGCCUGUCUGCCUGCCUGCCUACCCACCAGGAGUGCGGCACAUCCAUCAACCGCAACAUUUUCCGACUUUUCUUGCUAAGAGCAGUACUGAAGGCAAGGCGCUCACACCCACCCACCCAUUUGCCUACCACGCUUAUUGGCAGUAGCCGUUUCGUUUACACUCGCCUGAAUUAACCGUCGACAAAAAUGGGAAAUAUUUUCAUACUGCUGUUUGGAUUUUAUCUGAUAUACCUGAAAAAGGUCAACGCAUCCUGGGGCACACUGGACAGCAACCAGUACCACAUCCAAACGGACGAAGGCCCCGAACGGUACUUCAGAUAUCAAACCGACAACGGACAGUUUCGGAAGGAGAAACGCCUCCAAGAUGGCACAGUGAUUGGAACUGAUGCCUGGAUCGAUGCCUCCGGCUACCUACGCCAGAAGGACUACAUCGCCGACGAUAAGGGCUAUCGGAUAUUGAAAUCGAAAACGGUGUUCGUCGGGAAGGAUCGGCCGAUUCAGGACGCCAUCAAAUCCGUCAAGAAUCGACCGGCCGAUUCCGGAGUCCUAGUAUCUCAGGGUCCAGCCUACCGGCCUUCACUGCCACCUGCACCGGUGGCCAUCGUGCCAACGACUCCAGCACCGAUAGCCCCACCAGUGACCCCAUCGGGCAUCAAAUCCGUCUUUAUAAGGCCUCACUCGCAGCCUGUUAGCACCAGCUAUCUGCCGGCAAAUAUUGCACGUGAUCAAUAUUUACCGCCUAGCAGACACUAUUCUACUAGCACGCCAAGGCCGGACAUCUACGUUUCCUCGAGCACGCCGUAUUCUCCGCUGUCAGGAAACGAUCUCUCCUCCACGCCGAUCGCCGUCUAUGGACCGUCCUCGACACCAUCACCGCUAGCUGAUCGUUCCGAAGCACAUCUACCUCCAUUAGUCAUCUACAAUACCGAUCCAAAACGACCGAACGACUACAAUUAUCCGACGCCACGACCAGAAGACCCCAUCUACCAAUUCAGUAAUGAUCUACUACCUCCGAGGCAUCAAUUCGUCCACCACCGAAGACGAAUCCCACAAGAUCGGAGACGUCCCGUCUACGUGGAACCUAUCGGCAUCACUUCGGCAGCUCCGUUCAUCGAGCGUGCAACGCCCGCUCCAAAACCGUCGGUUUUCCCUCUCUCCGACAACAACCUGGAACCCCAGCCAACCUUUAACCGUGAUCUCCUGGAACCCCCACCAAACUACCAGCAACAGUACCAUCAAUCAACCCGUCGCUCCGAUCAAACCUACGAUGGCGUUUCGGUGACAAACAAUGGUUUCCGAUACUAUCUACCAAGGCAGUAUCACGAGGAAGCCAACUCCGGCAGUUCGACCCGGGAUGGCAGCUUCGGCUACAUCGACCCGUUCGGUAUCCGCCGGGUGGUCUACUACAACACCGGGCCAGGUAAGGGUUUCGUCCACCGGAAGAACAACCGCUAUGUGGGCUUCAACGCGACGCCGUACGAUCCACGACCGCUGUGAGAUUGAGAGAUAAAGAGACGGAGAGAGCGAGGACCACCUCCAUCAACCGCCAAGUUUUUUUUACGCUUCCACUAACUUAUUUAUUAGCAAAAAUUUACUGUUGACUGCCUGCUAGAAGUAGGUGGCCAUAUUCGCGAUAGUAACUAGUAGAUGAACGAUUUCAACCCGGACCCGCCGACGACGGUCGCUGGCGGUCAACAAUGCUCUGCAAGGAUGUACGGGGGCGAAGUCAAUUUAUGAUUUGAUUACUGUACAGGCGUACUUUGCGUGACAGUGAAGUAGAGCAGUAUGUUAUUGAAUUCAAUCAAGCUUUGUUGUUGCACUAAUGAAGUGGACAAGCAGUGUUGACCUCGUCAGCGUCGUCGUCAUCACCGGCGCCGCCGUCCGGUGGACGGUGUGUGACAAUUUUUGAGGUGAUUUACGCAGAGCAAGAAGCGGUUUAGUCAUACGUACUGUCCGGAUUGGAUCUGGUGCUUUUAAAAUUCAAGGUCCACACCGAUCUGGACUCGCAAUGAGAGCAAUUUGCUUCAAUCACAAUUCGAAUUUCAAAUCACAAGAAUAGAAUAUAUGCAUCAAUAAUAGGCACGGGACCGAUCGAUCGGUUCUAUGUGCGAGAAGGGAGAAGUCAUUGAAAUGGAGAAUGACUUCAUUUUUUUUUCUGAGUGCGGUGAUCGAACCCCAGAUUGAUUCCAGGAAACAGUCACUCUUUUUAAGAACGUAAUAAUUACAAAUCGAAUUAAGAAUCAAACAAACGAUACAAACCCAACAAGCGCGGGUGCUACAAAGUCAAUGAGUCAGAAAAUCUCGCAGGCGCCGCGGCAUUCGAGUGAGGUCAUUUUGUCAAUGAGCCCAUCACGUUAAUUGUAGGGUACCUACCUUGGAGAGUAGCAUAUACUGAACUUAUGAGCGAAAUCCAAAUGUGCGUUUCGGUGUUCCGGUCAAACUUCACUGUUCACGGUGAAGGUCAUUAAGCCGACCGUAAGAGCUCCUACACAUUUUAUGACUGCGGUCGUGAUUAGGUUCCGUUUUCCCUCCGGAGUUUCCGUGCUGCGAGUGCGCCUUUAUGAGUGAUAUAAUUCGUUGCGUUCGAGUGGUCAAUGAUAUAGGGGCACUUGACGCCAUGUGGCGAAUUCAAUGAGCCUCUUCAUUACAGCGUGAGUCGCAGCGUGAUAGCGAUCGGCGCUAAUUGCAGUCGAAAUUGCGGAUGACAUUUUGCAUGACGGCGCAUUGCAGAAUGUAAGGUCUUUGCAUUUUCCUUAACUUAUACUUAGCGGUUUUGUUCAUUAGUCAGGUUGAACCUUGUUCCAACCCGUCUGAACCCUCGAUCCGGGUCAGAUUACAAAAUCGUGUGUCAGAAAGACGCACUUAAAAUAGUAUCUCAGCU